AUGGAAGAAAAUCUCGAAGAGCAGAUUGCCCUCGCCUGGUCCCCGCCCGUGUAUGACACGGGCCGAGUACCACACCAACUGCUUUCUGCUCAGUUCCCCGAAAACACCUCAGGAGAACCCGACGCACAUAAUCAUACCAUAUUUGCUCGGUGUCCCGACGGCUCGGCCGCCCUCGCACAGUGCGAAGACAGGACAUUCAGGUUCCUGCAGCUGCCUCCUGAGCUGCUCGGAAUAACCGCAGAUGCCUCAAAACACGCCGCGCUGCCGGCAUCGAUCAUGCAGCCUUCUCCCAUACUCGACUUCGCGUGGUACCCGUCUGCUACCAUCCACGACCCUGCAUCCUUCUGUUUUGUGGCAUCGCUCCGCGCGUCCUAUCGCAUCGUUGAUCACCGGGAACGCCAGAUCGCUCCCCACAGUCUGGCAUUCAACGUGGCCGCUAGCAGGCUCUAUUGCGGCUUCGAGGACGCGAUAGAGGUCUUCGACGUCCACCGUCCGGGCGAAGGCACACGUUUGCACAUCACGCCGUCGAAAAAGAGCCGCGACGGUCUGAAAGGUGCGCCUGCUCGGUCCCAGGCCGAGGCGUCCCUGCUCACCCGCGCAUCUGCGCCAGGGAUCGUGUCUGCGCUCGCGUUCGCCCCUGACGUGUCGUCGGACCUGUACGCUGCAGGGACGCUCAACCCAUCCGCGCCGACCUCAUCAAACAUCGCACUUUUCCAAGAAGCGGCGGGAGAAGCACCGGUGAUGCUCGUCGGCGCAGAGGACACACACCCGGCCCCCGGCACGGGAUAUGGCGUCCGCGCGAGUGUCUCCCAGCUCGCGUUCAAUCCAGCGCGGCCGUACCUGCUGUACGCGUCCUUCCGGCGGACGGACACCAUCUACGCCUGGGACCUGCGCGGCGACGUCACCCGCCCAGUGGCGCUCUACGACAAGUCCGCCGCGCCCAAAGGCUCCGCGCCCGCAGCGAAGACGAAGGCGAAGACGCAGACGAACCAGCGUCUGCGCUUCGACAUCGACCUAGGCGGCACGCGGCUCGCCGUUGGGGACGAGCGUGGCUGCAUUUCCGUCUUCGACCUCACUGAACCCGAAACCGCCGCGGACGCAGGCGCGCGCACCCCGGCGCUCCAGUUCCACGCGCACGGCGACGCGGUGGGCUCGGUGGCUUUCCACCCGCUCCACCCGCUCGCGCUCUCGGUGGCCGGCUCCCGCCACUUCGGGGGUGCCGCCGCCGCCGUGCGCGAGGGAGACUCGGAUUCGAGUGAAGACUCGGACGAAGACUCGGACGAAGACGAUGGCCCAGACGGAGACAGGAUGGGGAGGGGGAAGGGCUCGCAGGUUCGGGCACCGUCAGCACGGCGACUAGGGAGAUGGGGCAGGUCGGUUCCCCCGAGGGGGGGCAGGGGUGGGGUGGGAGCGCGGAUUGUGCGGCUCCCGCGGAGGCGCAGGGGGCCAGUCGCUCUAGAUGCGUCCGUGAAGCUCUGGAGGUUCGCGCACGAUUGA